AGCAUUUAUACCGUUUCACACGAGCGUAGACAAGCCUCGUGCAGCCAAUCAUCGGUCGUUUUGUUACGCCUUUCAGCAAAGCGCACUACCGCAUUGGAUAUUUUGUUUCCGCUCUUACCCGAUACAAACAAGAUGGCCGACGUUGUUGAAAUCCAUAAAUUGAAGUUGGCUGAGCUCAAGCAGGAAUGUGCUGUGAGGGGAUUGGAGGUGAAAGGAAACAAAGGUGACCUUAUUGGACGGUUGCAGGCAUACCUUGAGGAGCAUGAAGAUGAGGUGAAUGAAGAGGAGGUCUUGGGAGAGUUAGAGGACGAGCCUAAAGAGGAGGAAAUCAAUGAAAGACCUGCAGAAGAGGCAGCAGGAGAGACAGCUGUGCCUGAAAAGGAUGCUGAGAAGAAAGUUGUGAAAAUCACUGCCCCAGCAGCUGCAGGGGAGAAGCUGCAAAAGAGGGCGGAGCGUUUCAACCUGCCUGCCACUGCUGAUAGUAAGAAAGAGGCCCGCGCUGCCAGGUUCGGUUUACCAGCUCCAACGUCGGCUUCCACACCAGGUGCACCAGUUGCGAAUAGCAAACCAACUGUCAGCGUUGAGGUCCUGAAGAAGCGGGCAGAGCGCUUUGGCAUGAAUGUCUCCCCUGUUGCCAAAACGCGGAAGCCUGAAACGAGUUUCUAAAGACGGUUGACAUCAAGUGGAAGCCGAAGGAAGUGCAUCUUGACCCCAUAGACACUGUGUAUUCGGUAGGCCACGCCUUGGAAAACUACAAACCUCAGAUUUCACACUUCCUGGUUGGAUUUUUCUCAGGUUUUCGCCUGCCAUAUGAGUUCUGUUAUACUCACAGACAUAAUUCAAACAGUUUUAGAAACUUCAGAGUGUUUUCUAUCCAAUACUAAUAAUAAUAUGCAUAUAUUAGCAUCUGGGACAGAGUAGGAGGCAGUUCACUCUGGGCACCCUAUUCAUCCAAAAGUGAAAAUGCUGCCCCCUAUCCCAAAAAGGUUAAUGUGAUUGGAUGUUAAUUAUUUGACUAGGCUACCUGUAUUUGACAUUUUGUUAUUUCGCUGAACACUAGAUGGUUUAAUUUUAUUUUUGGCAGUGAAACGAGGCUACUCAGGCAUUUAAAAAAAUUAACUCACCCAAAUAUGUAUAGCCCCGUUGGACGGGUUUGAAAAUGUGAAGAUUUUUUUUUUUUUCAGAAACAAUAUUUAUUUUAUUUUAAAUGAGAAUCACGUUUUUAUUUGGCUUAUCCCUUGGGGUAAAAAAAAACAAUCUGCAAUAAAUACAUUUUGCACUUUA